AUGUUACCUGUUUUUAACAGAAUUCAUACAGUAGAAAACCUCUGUGAAAGUAACGAAGGCAAUCCGUGUGGGAAAACCUUCAGCCGGGUUCCAAAUCUUACCGUGCAGAAAAGAAAUCCUCCAGAAGUAAAUCCUUUUGAAUGCUCUGACUGUGAAAAAGCCAUCAUGGAUCCCUCAUCACAUAACCACCAUACCUGUCAGUUUAUUACAUCUAGAGAAGCCUGUGGUGGUACCACUCCUAUGAGACCUCUUAGUGGCAAGAAACCCCAUAAGUGUGAGGUAUGUGGAAAGGAUUUCAUUUGUAUCUCAACUCUUAAGAAUCCUGUGACAACACUCACUAGUGACAAUCAGUAUAAAUGUAAUGAGUAUGGGAAAGAUUUCUGUAGUUUCUCGUCCUUUUGGACACAUGUGAGAGGUCACAAGGGUGAAUGUAAAGAAAGUUCUUCUAGUGACCCUUUAUCCCUCCUUUUCUCUAACAGAGAUAAGCCCUAUGAAUGUAGGGAAUUUAGGAAAGCCUUUAGUUUUUCCUCAGCCCUCACUGCACAUUUAGGAACUCACAGUGAAGAGAGGCCUUACGAAUGUAAUGAAUGUGGGAAAGCCUUUAGAUGGCCCUCAUACCUCACUAAGCAUAUGCGAACUCACAGUGGAGAGAGGCCUUAUGAAUGUCAGGAAUGUGGGAAAGGCUUUAGUCAGUCAGGACACCUCACUACCCAUAUAAGAACUCACACUGGGCAGAGGCCUUAUGAAUGUAAGGAAUGUGGGAAAGCCUUUAGUCGGGUCUCAACCCUCACUACACAUAUAACAACUCACAGUGGAGAGAAGCCUUAUGAAUGUAAGCAAUGUGGGAAAGCUUUUAGGCAGUUCUCAGGCCUCAUAUCACAUAGAAGGAUUCAUACUGGAGAAAGGCCAUAUCAAUGUAAGGAAUGUGGGAAAGCCUUUAGGUAUUCUUCAGCCAUCGCUUUGCAUAGGAGAAUUCAUAGCGCUGUCAGGCCUUAUGAAUGUAAGGAAUGUGGGAAAUCAUUUAAGUAUUCUUCUACCUUCACUUCACAUAUAAGAAUUCACAGUGGAGAGAGGCCUUAUGAAUGUAAGGAAUGUGGGAAAGUCUUUAGGCAAUCCUCAAACCUCACUGUACAUAGAAGGAUUCACAGUGGAGAAAGGCCUUACGAAUGUAAGGAAUGUGGAAAAGCCUUUAAUUGUUCCUCACAUCUCAGUAAUCAUAGAAGAACUCACAGUGGAGACAAGGCAUAUAAACGUACACAAUGUGGGAAAGCCUUUAGUCAGGUCUCAUUCCUCACUAAGCAUGUAAGAACUCACAGUGGAGAGAAGCCUUAUGAAUGUAAACAAUGUGGGAAAGCCUUUAGCCAGUCCUCAGACCUCGUGACACAUAGAAGAGUUCAUACUGGAGAGAGGCCAUAUCAAUGUAAGGAAUGUGGGAAGGCCUUCGUGAUUUCUCGUCCUUCAGAAGACAUAUAAAAACUCAUCGUGGAGGACUUAGGAAUGUCAGGAGUGUGAGAAAGCCUUUCCUUGUUCAUCACACCUCAUAUCACAUAUAAGAUCUCACUGUGGAGAGACUACUCUGUCAAAAGGGGGGUGUUUCAUUCUUAAUUCUGUAAUU